AAGAAGCGCCGUUGCAGUACCGAACUGAUUGAAUACGAUAGUGGAGGAGUGAUGGGGUCUUGAGUUGAGCCUCAUUUAAAAACCUUGGAAAUCUUAAAGUCAGAUUUGGUGAAGACGGGACAACUUGCGACCCAUCAAUCGGAGCACGUGGCUAUCAGAACUGAGGCGUCGUAAUGAAGGGGGAUCAGAGCCACUUAAUCGAAAUACACCGAACUAUCCAUGGUGGGUCAAAAUGAUGAGUAUUUUUCACUUACUAUGUGAGGCGACGAAUUAAUAUAUACUGAAUGCUCUAAGAAAAUUUUAUAAUUUUUUUUGUUGUCCAAACACCUUGCCAAGCAAGAUCUUCCGAGGAGAUUCCCAUCCCUUGUUAUACUUUAUUCUCUCGUCUUUCUCUCAUUUAAUUUUUUCUACCUUAUUAUUUUAUUUUAUUUUAUUUUUAAUUUCUUCACCACCUUUUGUCCAUCUAUAAAUUACCACUACCUGCAAAAACCUCUUCCCCUUUCACCUCUUCUGAAAAUCAUCCUUCAGAAGUUCCAUUAGAGUUCUGAUGAUGUUCUGCUGCUCUGCUUUUGUAAUUUUCAGAAAUUAAAGUUCAGCCCGCGAUAUUCCUCCUCCUUCCUACUUCGCUGCCAAAUAUCCGGGGUGUUUUAACCGUUAGAACAAGUUCCCCAAGAUCUCCAUUUUCACCCCUCAAUCAAGAUCUAAGCCCCCUUGAAAACAUCUUGAUGCUUUGCCCAUUAUUGGUCUUGGCAUGUGAGAUUCAUGUCUCCAGUACUUAGUGAGAUCCUUCGCUCUGGUUAUAUGAUCAGCUCCUUCCUUCGGCGCCGGACCCACCUAGUUCAGUCUUUCUCGGUCGAGUUCCUUUACUGGUUCUAUGUUUUCUCAGAAAUCACUUCUUCAGCGUAGUGCUCCAAAGUUGUAGUAUAGCCGUACAUCUAGAACAUAUAUAGGAAAAACUAUAUCAGUUAGCUAGAAAAUUAAUCAAUUGCUAUCGUAUUAUUGUGUGCGCGUCAAGUACAGUCAGUGCUAGUUGGUCCCAUUUUGGUGUAAAUAUUCUAUGGCUUGCUCUAGCGGGAAUUCCUCAGGGAUCACACUGAUUUCGAAUAUCCCAAACUCGGGUUUUGAGGACGACUUGCUGGUCCUGAUGAACCUGAGGAAACGCAAGAGAAUGGAAUCGAACAGGGAGUCAGCGAGGAGAUCGAGGGUGCGGAAACAGAAGCAUCUGGACGAGUUAAUGACCAGGCUGGCCCAGCUCAGAGCUACGAACAGUGAGAUCAUUGCUAGAUUCGGCGUCACGACCCAGCAGUUAUUGAAGGUGGAAGCCGAGAAUGCCGUGCUCCGUGCCCAGAUUGCAGAACUCAGUCAGAGACUCGAGUCGCUCACCGAGAUAUUGAACUACAUCCACUUGAACAAUGUUAGUGGAGGAUUUGAAGAUUAUAAUCCUAAUUCCUAAUGUUGUGGUGAGCCCAUUGAUGGAUGUGAUGACGGGCAGAGUUGUGAAUCACCCUAUCAUUGCAGCUGCUAGUGAUGUAUUCGAGUACUACUAAUGGAAUGGAUUUCAUCUCUAAAAUGAGUGGAAUGAUAUAAUGGGGACAAAUAUUAGAGGCUUAUAUGUUUCUUAAUUGUCAGUAAUUAUUAGUACAUAUCUUGGGUUUUCUUA